UGAUGGCUGAAGCUGCCACCUGCUGGCUGCCUGUUAUCACUGCACUGCAUCGCACAGUACUAUAAAAUACAUCCUUCAUAAUGUACAUUUUCAGGUGAAGUUAACAGAUGUGUAAAUCAUCUGUAUUCUGGCACAAAGAAUUCUUAUUAUCAUUAGUAGUAGUAUUUGGAUUUCACCCUGUAGUUAUCAUGAUAUAUGAUCCGCCUUUAAACCAGCAGCUCAGAGGAAACCCUUCCCUCUGUCACAGACGGGGCUGUUCUCUCAGCUUCAUACAAGCAUAACUUUCAUCUGCACGCUCAAAGUUUUAGACAUUAAAUAUAGGUUUUUGGUAAAUACCACUGCUCCUGGAGAUUUCUAAUAAUCUAACAUCUGGAUUAACGGGACCAGUCGAGACUGAAAAUGGCUGCUGUAACAUCUGCAUUACUCUGGUGGACUUCACUUUCAGCCUGUCUCCUGAUCUCUGCCUCUGAAUUUCAGCUCAUCAGAACUGUUCCUGGACAGACUGUCACUCUGCCAUGUCGAGCUCCCAGAAACACCAACAUCAAAGCUGUGGAGUGGACCAGAACUGAUCUGGAGACAGAUUAUAUUCUUUUGUACUGGGACGAGCGGCCUGAUCCAGAAAAACAGCAUCCAUCUUUUCAGAACCGGGUGGAGCUGAGGGACAGUCAGAUGAAGGAUGGUGACCUUUCCUUGUUUCUGAAGGAUGUGACGAGAGACGACAGUGGAAUAUACAAGUGUCGAGUCCAGAGGAAAACAAACUACUGGGAGAGAUCUUAUUUGGACACUGCAGCGAUCAGCGUCAUCUACCUGAAGGUGGAAAUAAUUCACAACAUCACAGCUGUUUCUGGAGACAAUGUCACUCUGCCAUGUCGAGCUCUUAGCAACAUCCCUAUCUUAGUUGCAGAGUGGACCAGACCUGAUCUGGAGCCACAACAUGUCCUCUAUCAGCAGCUUAGCUGGUCUAUUGCACAAUACCAGCAUCCAUUUUUUAAGAACCGAGUGAAGCUGGAGGAAAGUAAGAUGGAGAAUGGAGAUGCAUCUUUGAUUCUGAAAAAUGUGACGAGUAAUGACACAGGAAGAUACGAGUGUCGAGUCGACCAGAGAGAAACAAACCGCAGGAAGAGAGCUUAUCUGAGGACCGAGCCCAUCAACAUCAUCAACCUGACUGUUCGUCCACCAGGCCACACAGAUGACGACAUGGAGGAUGGAGGGAACAAGGAUGGAGGAAUUAAGGAGGAGGAAAGAGGACAAACAGAACUUGUUGGACUGAUAGUUGGUCUGUCAGUUGUUGGUUUGAUUGUUGUUGUUAUUGUUGUUUAUAUGACCUUUAGAAGACACAGAGGGUUCACAGAGCAGAAUUAAUACCAGCCUCAUCCUGAUAAAUCAUCUGACCAUCAUCAGGUCUGAAGUGUCUCUGAGAAAGAAUCUGGACCAUGAUUCAGCAGGUUUAUCACUGAUGAUGGUGAAACAGUUUUAUUCAUACACUCAGUUUACAGAUGGAAAUAAAAUAAGCUUUGAUAAAGGAUUUACACAUCACUAUAACAAUGCAAAAAAAAAAUGAAUGAAGGUCUUUUGUAUAUAAAUGUAUUAAUGGAUUCCUGGAGUCCUGCGGAGUGAAACUCAUCAAACCUGAAGCUGCUGUGCUGCCACCUGCUGGCUGCCUGUUAUCACUGCAUUAACCAUCCAUCUCCAGUUCUUCUGGAUGAAGUUAUUGAUCAGUGGAUCUACUGAUGACUACUGACGACUGAUUCACUAAUAUCUGAUUAAAAACAGAACCAACAUGUAUCAGCUGCUCUCCAGUCAGAACAGAACAGAUCCUGGACUGUGUCACAUCAAUAGAAGCUGAGCUGAACACACUGAUGGUUACUGAGAUAACCUGCACUCUCUGAUCAGAUCAUUAGCUCAUCUGUCAUCACAGAACCCAAACUAAUAUUAGCUUCCAUCAAUAUGAUUAAAGAGUCAAACAAACACUUCCUGUUCACUGAGCUCCUUUGUUUCAGAGGAAAACAGUUCUUACACUGUCCAGCAGGUGGCAGUGUAAACUGUCUGUGCUCCAUUACUGCAGGUGACGUAGAAGGAGGUCAUGUGACAGUCUGAGCUUCAGCCUAAUAUAUAUAGUAUACACACACACACAAACUGGUGGCCACAGAAAAGUCUACAGUCUAAGAGUUACUGUAAUUUAGGACAUACACAUAUUUACAUACAUACAUGCCCACAUAUGGCUACGUGUGUAAAUAUGUGUAUAUAUAUACAUAUGGUUAUGUAUACGCAGCACAGUGUUCAGUAUAACCAGUCACACUGUGAGGAUUUAAAAUGAGAGAGGUGGCGACAUGUCUCCACCAUCCACGUCCAGAUCUCCACCUGUGGUUUCUGAGCUCCACUUUAAACAGCAGCAGUUUGUUUCAGAGUCACAUCCAGAACAGGAUGAGAUGAUUUCUGUGACAUCUCAUGUUUAAACAGUGUCUAAACUGUGAAUAUCAUUAAUAGUUCCCGAUUAAAGAACUGAAACUCUUUAAUCACACAGACACUGAGUGGCUCUGAAGCUCGUUCUAUUCACAGUUUCCAACCGCUGAACAGUGUUCCUGCUGUUUAUAGUCUGCGGUUGCAGUGUUUGUAUGUUUGUUCUUUGUAAUCUUCGCUCAUCAGAAGCGUGGAUUGGUAAACCACAACCAAAAUGUAACGAGUCAAAUUUUCCAUCUCACAGCUUCAUGAAACCCACAGAACCACACGACAACAACAACUCAUGAGACUAAAGUUUAUUGAUCCUGCAGAGAAACCAGAUCACUGCAACAACAACAGUUCAU